CGUCUGUGUGUGUGUCCAUUCCUAUCUGUCCCUUCAUGCAUUUGUGUACUUGUGUUACUUAAGACAACGAGGAUUGGCAGCAGUCGCUGGAACACAAACACAGUUUUGGACCGUUACGCUUCCUGAUUUCUUGGCUUCGGUCAUGGUCACCAGCUCUGCCCACGAUGCCUGUGUUUUACUCACCUGUUCAAGAGAACCUGCAGAUGGGUCUGGCCUAUAUGGGAGGCUCUGUGUUCACCAACAACAGGACGGCAGACAGCGACUUCACACGGGAGCAGGAGGACGUUUCUGUGGUGAACGAGCUGGUCUCUCACCUUCCCCUGCAGAUGCUGCUGUACUUCAACAUGUUCUAUUUUCCCUGUUGGUGGUUUUCUGCUGUUUUCAUGUUAGAAGUAAAGUUCUAUUAUCUUCCCGGGUACUACCAGGCUCUGCUCAUAACCGGGAUGAUCCUCCUCACAGUCAUUGAAGUGGUCCGACUUUAUCUGGGCUACAUUGGCAACCUUAAAGAAAAGGUGCCAGAGCUGGCAGCCUUCUGGCUCCUGUCUUUCAUGUUCCAGCUGCCGGUGCUGCUGUUCUUCCUGACCGAUGAAGGAAUUAUCAUCCUGCCUCUAGAGAGAGCCGUCCACUCCCUCUACCUCCUCUUCCUGCUCGCCCAGAUCCUGGCCUCGUUCCUGGCGCUCAAGACCAUGACCCGAAAGCUCACCUUGCUCUUCUAUCUGCGCCAGCUUGGGAAGGUGGAGAGCUACCAUCACGCAGGGAUGAGCCCUGUCUAUGGGCUGCCCUACAACCGCAGUGUGCUGCCUGUGUCACCCGCCAAUGAUAUGUACCACUAAAGGGGAACACCACCCAAAAUAAGAAUUCCAAUAUGUUAUUGAAAAGGACAAGAAAUGUUCAGUCAGUUUUGUGAACAUGAGCUACUCUCUCUCAAAGCCACAAGCCAGAUUAAGUCUUGAACUUGUGAUGUCAUCAGUUAUAAAGUUUGCUGCUCCAUAGGCAGUGAACGGGAGCCUGGUUUGGUGACCAACAGAAUGUUUGUUUUCUCGUUUUAAACCCCAAAUGGGCUUUAUUCAGUUCUGAAAAUGUUCCCAUAUGUUCAGAAUGUUAGCAUGUGUAUUAACACAAAUGGACAUCUGAGACACAUCGUCAUUCACGUGUCUAUAAUGCAUCUCCAGCUGACCACUUGUGUUCAGAUUUUGUUACUACCUUUAUGUCGAGAAGGUCAAAGGGCCCAGCGCUCAGUUAUUACGUCACACAGCUGGAGAUAUUGCUGUCAGCAGAAUUCAACAUGUCUCCUCCAAAAUGAUGGAUGGUAAAAUAGGGGGCCGUACACAUGCCGCAUUUUUUGUGCCCUCAAAUUCGCCAGGUGCGCACACGUUCCUAAGUGCCCGUUUUUCAGGGUGCAACAGCUGCGUAAAUAUCAGUCUGUGGUAAAUAUAAAAAAGUUGAUCAUGUUAGUGCAGUGCUACCCAGAGCUUUACAUCUGUCUCACGGACGAUAGGCCUACACACUUAUAAACGGCACCUGGAAGAAGAUCAGCUCUGCACUCAGGAUUUCAGGUAAAUAGGCUAUGAUACAGUGCUUGUUAAGGUUGGUUAGCAACCUCAGAUGCAACCUGCUGCCGCUCUCUUGAAAACUGGCACCAAAAAAGGCACGGAAGUAGCGCCCAGUGCCUGACCUUGUGGAGAGAGUUGUUCAUGUUAACAAAUAUUUUUGGGCUGUUUGAGAUUACUGGUCCAGGCACAGGGUAAAGAUUUCACCUUAGUCAUCAGUUCAAGGUUCACACAGUUUAAAAUAUUCAGCAUCAUGCUUGAGUUUGGCCAUGUCAUUGAGCUAGUUUGCUGUCUCUGUUGAGUCCAUUAGUCACUCACUCUACAGAAGGAAACAGCACUUCAAACUAAAAGCUCUGUGCUGGAAAUUCAAUGUACUUGAAAAUAAAGUGUUUUUUACAAACUCAACAGACCCACUUUUGGACCACGACCCACCAGUUGGGAACCACUGUUUUAGACCACAGGAAUAAAAAUGGGUGUAGUUCCUCUUUAAGGUAAAAAGUCAGUUUUUAAUUACCCUUACACUUUUAGAAAUUGUCAAUUUCUAAUGUGGCAUUUUAAUUUCCAGUAUUGUUUGUUUAUUCACUGUUCCUAAAACUGCAUCAUGUGCUUUAAGUUUCCCACAAUGCCUCUCUGCAGAAAAUGAAUGUGAGUUUCUUACUUGACAUGUAAAUACAUCUAUCCAACUACU